GGUGCUUCGUGAACCACAGGCAUCUUCACAGAGAUUUUGGGAGGUGGUUAUCCACAAGUAUUAAAAUGUUGAAAGCGGUCACUUUCCGCAGAUUUUCCCUAAUAUCUCAAAGAUGCUUAAUACGCACGUUUUAUUUAGACGAAACUGCACCAAAAAUAGGAACGAUACAAGAUGUUAAUUCACCAGAAUAUCAGGAGAAAUACUCACGAAUGCAAGCUCUGGUAAAUGAGCUCAAAGAUCGGGUUUCUGUAAUUCUGAAAGGUGGCGGUGACAAGGCUAGAGAAAGACACACAUCCAGAGGAAAAAUGCUGCCUCGUGAUCGGAUAAACACACUUCUGGAUCCUCAGUCACCGUUUUUAGAGUUCAGCCAGUUGGCUGGUUACGAGCUGUAUGGUGAAGAUCAUGUACCUGCAGGAGGGAUAAUCACAGGCAUUGGGCGAGUGGGAGGUGUGGAGUGUCUUAUCACAGCCAACGACCCCACAGUUAAAGGGGGAACAUAUUAUCCAGUUACUGUCAAGAAACAUCUAAGAGCUCAGGAAAUAGCUCAGCAAAAUAGAUUACCUUGUAUAUACUUAGUUGACUCUGGUGGUGCUAACCUACCUAGACAAGACAAUGUGUUCCCAGAUAGAGACCAUUUUGGCCGCAUUUUUUACAAUCAGGCAAACAUGUCAGCUAGAGGAAUACCUCAGGUUGCUGUAGUGCUAGGCAGCUGUACUGCUGGAGGUGCCUACACCCCAGCCAUGGCAGAUGAGAGCAUUAUUGUCAGAAACCAGGGGACUAUCUUUCUAGCUGGGCCUCCACUGGUGAAGGCUGCCACAGGUGAAGAAGUUUCAGCAGAAGAUUUAGGUGGAGCUGAUCUUCAUUGCUCGGAGUCUGGUGUUACAGACCACUACGCCCAGGACGAGACCCACGCACUACAUAUCGCUAGAAGGGUCAUCAAAAAUUUAAACUACACUAAAGAUCCAGGGGUGACGAUAACAGAACCAGUGGAGCCUUUGUUUGAUGCAUCAGAACUGUAUGGUAUUGUGGGGGAUAACUUAAAGAAAACAUUUGAUGUUCGGGAGGUAAUCGCAAGAAUUGUUGAUGGGAGUGUUUUUGAUGAGUUCAAGGCCAAAUAUGGGGAAACACUUGUAACAGGAUUUGCCAGAUUAUGGGGAUACCCAGUGGGUAUCAUUGGAAAUAAUGGAGUCCUUUUUUCAGAGUCAGCCUUGAAGGGAGCUCAUUUCAUUGAGCUAUGCUGCCAAAGAAACAUACCACUGAUAUUUCUACAGAAUAUUACAGGUUUUAUGGUGGGCAGGGAGGCUGAAGCUGGAGGUAUUGCUAAAAAUGGGGCCAAGAUGGUGACAGCUGUUUCCUGCGCUAAUGUCCCUAAAAUUACAGUCAUCAUUGGUGGGUCUUAUGGAGCUGGGAAUUAUGGGAUGUGUGGACGAUCUUAUUCGCCCAACUUCCUGUACAUGUGGCCAAAUGCCAGGAUAUCUGUCAUGGGGGGAGAACAAGCGGCCAACGUCAUGGCCCAGAUCAGCAGAGAGCAGAGGCAGCGAGAGGGGAAACCGUGGACUGAAGAGAUGGAGAAUAAAAUUAAAGCCCCAAUUCUAGCCAAGUACGAGCAGGAAGGAUGUCCUUACUACGCUAGUGCCAGGCUUUGGGAUGAUGGGGUCAUUGACCCCGUGGACACACGACACGUCCUGGCUUUGUCAUUAAGUGCAGCGCUGAACAAACGAGCAGAUCCAACUAGGUUUGGUGUCUUCAGGAUGUGAAAUUUUUUUACUUCUGUUGUUGGGAUACAACGCUUCUAAGGUUUUCUGUGGUUGUAUGCAGUAUUUGAAAAUUCCAGAAAAAUGUAAACAUAAUGAUUAGCUCCUUUACUAAUUUAUAAUUAUCAGUUUUCUUGGCUUAAAAAAUAAAUUAAAUAAAUAAUACUAGACAUAAAAAACUUACCAAAUAAAAUUUUAAAUGGAAUGAUUUUAUUUUUUAUGUUGGUGCAGUUGAUUAUUCUAUGAAUAAUUUUUAAGUAAAGCAUUUAUUUUGUAUUUUCUAUACAAGCUUAGCUGAGAACCUGUAAUGUGAUAAGGUAGAGAAGUUCAUUUUAGUGUUGUUGAUAUCCAGUAACUGAUGAGGUUAUGAUAAUGAUAGGACAUUGUAAAAUUUUGUUGGCUGUACAAUGUUUCAAGUGAUUAUAUUAUUUUUGUUAUUAUGUAAACAUAAGCUUUGUUUGAUGGGAGGUAACUCUAAAUUUGAGUGUCUUUCAUGUAAAAGUUGUUUGUGAUGAAUGGGAGGUAACUAUAGAUUUGUACCUCAUGUGUGUUUUGUAUUUUUUUUUUGUUGAAUGGGAGAUAACUCUAGACUUUUGUGUCUGUAAAUGGACAAGGGAGAUAAAUCUUCCAAGAUGAAUGUUUUUGAAUUUGUAAUGAAUUAAAUUAAUGUAUGGCCACCUGUUGCAGCAAUAAAAUUGUAAAUCAAU